GUCUACCUAGAUACCCCAUUCACCUUCACUUCAUGAUGGCCAAUCGAUCGGACGGUGCAGCGUGAAGUGCUCAGUAUGAUAUAGAAUGUUCUAGGAGCCUUUCGCAACCCCGCGAUCGGUGGUGUUGGCAUCCUGAUCAGGAGCCCCAAGCGGCAAACCAUAUGCGGUAGCCGGGGGGAGGGGGCAAACGGUCGCAGCGGGUCUUUUUUAGCCUCGGCUCUCUCGCCUCGUCAUGGUCAACGUCAACCGGUCCAGCAUUCACCAUUCUGCCAAACACCACCAUCUUCGCUGCCUUUGCUGAGGCGCCCUGCAUAUAGUCACAGUCUUGUGGAAGCCAACACCAUUCUAGCCAACUUGUCUUCCUGCAUAUUGUAUUACUGCUCGUCUCUGUCCCAAUCGAUUCUCCUUUGUUUACAGCCAGCUCAUCUGGAUCCGCCUCCGCAUCUCUCUGUCGCCCAUUAUUCGCACUUACAUCCGUCCAUAAACUCCUUCCACCUCGACCGGCCCUUCGAAGACAACUUGAAGCACUGUAGUACUCCACAGCUCGACCCGGGUCAUCAUGGCUCCAUCCAGUUCCGCCACCCUACCCAUCAUUCCUUUGCCCCAUGGCAUUGUCCUCCUGCCAGGGACCAUCCAGCGAAUCCCGGUUUCUCCCAGCCGUCCGGACAUACCGGCAUUGCUCUCAACUGUCUUCACCCGUGCUGCCGCCGGCGGUUCCAAUGGUCGCAUAGAGACCGUCCCUAUCGCUUGUGUCCCCCAGGCUCGCCUGUCACCUCUGAUGGGGCCAAACGGCCAGCUGCUGAUUGAGAAUGGCGAGCGGGACUACUCAAAGGUCGCCCAGGAUGACUCGGGACGAAACUUGUCAAAGUCCGAUCUGUUCUCCUGUGGUGUCGCUGCGAAGAUCACUGGUGUCGAAGGCCGCGGGACUGGCGACUUCUCUCUUAUCGUAGAAGGCAUUACGAGGGUCAAGGUAGAUAAGAUAUACCAAACACAACCAUACUUCGAGGGCAAGGUCACCUACCUCAAGGAUCAAGUAUCACAAGACAAGCCCGUCGAGGAUCUAUUCCAAGCUCUCAGGCUUCUGUCGAGGGAGUUGGUCGCAAUUCUCAGGGUGGCUGCCAUAUUCAGAUCAUCAGGUUCACCGGGCCUCUCGCCGCUUUUGGCUCGCAGGCUCGAUUUCUUCAUUAACAAGAAGACCCUCGCCGAGGCCGGCCUCCUGGCAGAUUUCAUGGCCAAUGUUGUCGAGGCAUCAUUUGAGGAGAAACUCAAAGUCCUGUCACUUUUUGACACAAAAGAGCGGAUGGUCAAGGUGAUAGAGCUUCUGGAACGGCAAAUCUCGUCUAUCAAAAACAACAUUCGCAUUACCACUUUCACGACCUCGUCUGUCCCAGUUAUCAUCGACUCCGACGACAAAGACCAGGAGCCCCAACGCAAGCCUGGUAAACCCCUCGGCCCAGUGCGUGGCUCUGGGAGUGGAUUGGGAAUUCCAUUCACGGGUUCGAGAGGAAUGAAUGGUCCAUCCGGCGGCGACGAUGACGAGCCUAACGAGAUUGAUGAAUUAGAGAAGAAGCUUCAAGCGGCGAAGUUAUCCCCAGAGGCGGCCAAGGUGGCUGAAAGAGAGCUCAAGCGGUUGAAGAAGAUGAUUCCCGCCCAGGCUGAGCAUGCUGUCACCAGAAAUUACUUGGAGACGCUCGCCGAAAUUCCAUGGACCCAUGUUACGGAUGACAGACUUGGCCCUGGGACUCUAACAGCAGCAAGAAAACAGCUCGACGACGAUCACUACGGGCUGGAGAAAGUCAAGGCCAGGCUUCUCGAGUACCUCGCGGUACUGCGGCUGAAACAGUCGGUCAACGAGGACAUAGACGCCAGGAUCAAGCAGGCCGAGGAGGAAAUGGCAGCUACGGAGACAGCCAAGGAUUCCAAAGACGGCGCGCCUGCUCCAGAGAGAUCAGAUGACGAGGUCAAGUCAAGCACAGCUAAGCUUGAAGUCCUGAAGAGUAAGCGGAUGGUUGACAGGUCGCCAAUCCUGCUUCUCGUCGGCCCUCCCGGGGUUGGGAAGACAUCGCUGGCGCGAUCGGUGGCCAAAGCCCUGGGCAGGAAAUUUCACCGGAUCUCGCUGGGCGGUGUUCGAGACGAGGCAGAGAUCCGUGGCCAUCGCAGGACUUACGUCGCUGCAAUGCCGGGCGUCAUUGUUCAAGGCCUGCGUAAGGUCGGGGUAGCCAACCCUGUCUUCCUCUUGGAUGAGAUCGACAAGUUGGGCCAGGCAAACUUCAACGGAGACCCCUCAGCUGCCAUGCUAGAAGUCCUCGACCCGGAACAGAAUAACACCUUUGUGGAUCACUACAUCAACAUACCUCUGGACCUUAGCAAGGUGCUCUUCAUCGCUACUGCCAACUCACUUGACACUAUACCAGCUCCUCUUCUGGAUCGCCUGGAGAUGAUCUACCUCCCCGGGUAUACGACUUUGGAGAAGAGACACAUCGCUACGUCUCACCUUAUCCCUAAGCAGGUGCGUGUCAAUGGUCUUGACGAAGAUCACGUCAAAUUCACCGACGAUGUUGUGUCCAAGAUCAUCGAAUCCUACACACGCGAGGCUGGAGUACGCAAUCUGGAGCGGGAAAUUGGUAGCGUCUGCCGAGCCAAAGCAGUUGAAUACGCUGACGCCAAAGACGCUGGCCGCUUGGAAACAUACAAGGCCCAGCUUACGGUUGAGGACGUCGAAAACACCCUGGGAAUUGAGAAGUUCGAGGAAGAAAUCGCCGAGAAGACCAGCCGCCCAGGCAUUGUUACGGGCCUUGUGGCUUACAGCUCUGGCGGCAAUGGCUCCAUCCUCUUCAUCGAGGUGGCCGACAUGCCUGGCUCCGGCACUGUACAGCUGACUGGAAAGCUUGGGGACGUCCUGAAGGAGAGCGUCGAGGUUGCGCUGUCCUGGGUCAAAGCACACGCCUUCGAGCUUGGACUGGCUCAGGACCCAUCCGAGAACAUCAUGAAGAACCGUAGUAUUCACGUGCACUGUCCUUCCGGGUCCAUUCCCAAAGACGGGCCUAGCAGCGGCAUGGCGCAGGCGAUUGCGCUGAUAUCCUUGUUCUCCGGCAAGGCUGUACCACCCACUAUGGCCAUGACGGGAGAAAUAUCGCUUCGUGGCCGCGUCACAGCAGUCGGUGGCAUCAAGGAGAAGUUGAUUGGGGCGCUUCGAGCUGGUGUCCAGACCGUCAUCCUACCGGCCCAGAACCGCAAGGACGUCAAGGACCUGCCACAGGAGGUCAAGGAUGGUCUUGACAUUGUCCAUGUCGGCCACAUCUGGGAGGCCCUGCGUUACAUCUGGCCAGAAGCACACUGGCCCGAGGAUCACGAGCUUCCGGGGUUCCAGAGCCGGCUGUGAACAUGGCAUCGAUCGCUUGCGCUCCUGCGAGUCGCGAACCACAAGCUGCGUGACCGAGACAUGCUCUGUCUCUGUGGCUGGGUUCGUCUCACUCAUAGACCAAGGCAAAUAUUCCGGUCUCUGGGCGCCCGAGCAUAUGAGCCCACGUUGCCCACAUAUGCGAGCUCGCGACGUCGCGCAGCAGUAGGGCCGGCACUUACCAACGUCACGGAUAUAGUGCUUUCUCGUCUAAAUCUGAGAUGGGAUCUUUGUGUAAUCCGCACCUGCCUUGCACAAGUCUUUGAUUUGGCUGCGGGACAAACGUGCUGUGCAGGGGCACGGGGCGAUUAUGGGAUCGCAUUGAUCGAUGGACGCCCCACAGCCGCCCUCACGCAUUCGGAGAAGGGAACGGGCAUAAGGGAAAGGAACGGCUUGCAGCGAGGGACAUGAACAUGCACAUUACACAUGAGACUACCGUGGUGAUGUUGGGGGCGGAUUAUGCGCGGUUCCUGCGGACGUGAGUAUUGUACAUGGGAGCGACAUUCUUAACGCUGUGUUAUAUAUAUCCGGUUGAACAAGCGCAACCCCGUUCAUCGUUCAACAGCGUCGUUUAAUUGCAAGAUCUUUGGACGAGGUUCGCACAAAA